GAUCAACGGCUACGUGGAGCGAGUGAAACUCGCUUAGAACAAUCAGCUGCAAUCGGGCUCGAAUCGAACCUCGGCCACUGCAGGCAUUCCCCACACUCUCGUUCGGCAGCGCCGGCAACAAGCGUCCCGCAGUCCGGUUCCAUCGGGAGUUAUAUAGAGCACAUAUAUCUACCAAGCUAACCCAUCUGCCACCAUUGUUCUAGCCACCUCCAUCCGUAACUCCAACGACAACCUACCAAAAAAAAACACCACAACCAUGGCUACAGCAGGAUCACCAACCUACGUCCUUGGCGUCGGCAUGACGAAAUUCAUCAAGCCACGCGGGCAGGUCGACUAUCCGGCCAUGGGCUUCGAAGCCGGCGUCAAGGCGCUCGUCGACGCGGAGCUGAACUACGACGAUGUGGACCAGGGCGUGGCGUGCUACGCGUAUGGCGACUCCACGAGCGGGCAACGGGUGUUCUACCAAUUCGGAAUGACCGGCAUCCCGAUCUACAACGUGAACAACAACUGCAGCACGGGGAGCACGGGUCUGUUCAUGGCGCGGCAAUUCUGCGCCUCCGGUCUCGCCAACGUCGUUCUCGUCGUCGGCUUUGAAAAGAUGUUUCCGGGCUCGCUGCAGACGUUCUACAAGGACCGCACCAACCCGCUAGACAAAUCCUACAAGAUGAUGCACUCCACGCGCGGCAUGGAUCCGAAGGCUCCCGGCGCCGCGCAGCUGUUCGGAAAUGCUGGCAGGGAGUAUAUGGAGAAAUAUGGAGCCACGGAUGAGGAUUUUGCGGAGAUUGCCAGGGUUAAUCAUGAACACUCCCAAAGGAACCCGUACUCCCAGUUUAGAGAUGUGUACACCAGGGAGCAGAUCAUGAAAAGCCCGAUGAUCCACAGUCCGUUGACGAAACUGCAGUGCUGCCCCACAUCCGACGGCGCUGCCGCAGCUGUGGUAGUAUCACAAUCCUUCCUGGACUCACACCCGCACCUCAAGUCCCGCGCGAUCCUGAUCGCAGGGCAAGCGAUGUCAUCUGACACGCCCGCUCUAUACAACGCCUCCGCGAUCGAGCUAGUGGGGGCAGACAUGACGCGGCGGGCGGCGGCAACGGCGCUAUCGCAAGCGUCUGUCUCCGCGUCGUCGCUGAAACUCGUCGAGCUGCACGACUGCUUCUCAGCCAACGAGCUGAUCACCCUCGACGCGCUGGGCCUGUGUGCGCCCGGAAAGGCGCACGAAAUGGUCCGCGCGGGAGAUAUCACCUACGGCGGGAAGUGCGUCGUUAAUCCGAGUGGAGGGCUCAUCUCGAAGGGACAUCCGCUGGGCGCGACGGGGCUGGCGCAGUGCGCGGAACUGGUCUGGCAUUUGAGGGGCUGGGCGGGCGAGAGGAAUGUGGAGGGCGUCGAGGCCGCCCUGCAACAUAACCUCGGACUCGGAGGCGCCGCGGUCGUCACAGUGUAUAAGCGCGGUGAUGGCAGGGGGAGCAAAAAGGUCGAGGGCGAGGCGGAGAGGGUCGGCGGCAGGGAGUAUAAUCCUGCUACGGAGGCGAGGGGAUUGCAGAAGGGCGAGGCGGAGAAGGCCGUUAGCAGGACAAUGGCGAGUAAGUAUAUGCUGGAGGAUGUAGGAUCGCCGGAGAAGGAGAGUAGGCUGUAGGCUGGUUCCGCGGGAUGGGGAGUUGUGUGCCAUAUGUAUGAUGAAUUUGAACGAUACCAGUUUUGUGCAGUCGCGAUAAUCCACUCGCUGCGCAUGUGCAGAAACUUGGGAAAAGAAUCGAGGGACU